CUAUAUUGACCUUUUACCUUUGGAUGGAGAUCGUGCUCACCCCCAAGCUGUUGGACCUACGCUGUUUAUGUUACCAGACCUGCGUGGACCCCAGAACAUUCUCCCGAAAACUAAGCGUUGGAGGGUUGGCAAUCUGGGAAGGCUUAUGGCUCUCUCGCACUCCCUGAGACUCAAUGAUCCAGACAGGAUCCUGUGGUGGUUGCAGAUUUGGGACUGGCAACACUCGACAAUGUCAAAUAGUGUUCUCAGCGGUGCUGUGUCUGGAAGCCAAAUCUCAAUCGGUUACUGUUUCCUCCAGUAGAUUGCUUAUGAUUGUCGGCAUCAAUUUGAAGGUCUAUUCCAUUGAAGAUAUGUCUCAGGCGCCACAAUUGCUCGCCUGCUUCUUGUUGCCUGCACCUGUACGUGGUGCACACUUCGUCUCCGACGACCCAAAGGACGAUGGUGCACAAAGUAGGCCGCAGCCAGGGAUGCCACAAAAAAUGUGGAAAUCAGAUCCAACCCAUCGAAUCAUAUCCCUGAACAUGCCGCCUUCCCUCCAUUUUAUCAUUUCUAGCAGGAUUUUCUUCGAGCCCGACUUCAUCAAAGGGGGGUCGACGGAAAUACCUUGGGAACGUUGGGGCCCUUUGAAUACUCGUAUUUUCCAGCACUGUGAGGAUGUUUUUGAUUCCGUUGCUGGGAGUCGAGUCUUGAAGGUGGAACGUGCGAUUGACGCAAACGGUAAUGAUCCCUUGGAGUACAGUUUGCGUGUGAUGGACUUUAGCCCGUUAGCUAUCAAGUAUGGGCGGGCCCUAGGACGGUUGGUGAGAGAGCCAUCUACGAUAGACUUGGAUGGACGGUCGUUAACGACGUCCCUGCCUUAUGUGGAGGUCGUGUCGAGCAAGAUAUCCAGUUGUAUAGAUGAGCUGCUGUUGUCAUCGAUUGAUGAAAACAGGAUCUAUGCAUUCCACAUCGAGGAUCGCUUUGUAGGCUCUUCCCUGUCUCAAGGAAAUCUGAUCUGAUUUUAAACCUACAGGCCAAGGUGAUUAAGCUUUGGGAAG